AUGCCUCUAUGUGAGCCGACCCGUCUGUGUGUGAUGCUUACUCCUCGGCCAAGUCUUUCCGACGAUGAGUUGAUCGAGCAGAUCACUACUGCUAUAGAACAAGCCGAAUUGCCCCAAGAAUUUCUUUGGAAGAAUAUUACACCCAAGGCGGGAUUUUUAGCUGCCCGCCAGCUCAGCUACAGUACAACGUUGGCCCAGCGCGAUGCACGGCUAUCUUAUAGUCCCAGGAAAGAAGAGUUCCGUGUCAAUGUUAUUCGCACACUUCUCCAUAAAUCCCACCGAACUUGGUUCAUCAGCAGUCUUUAUGAGUGUUGCGAAGAAGGGUUUGUCACGAAAGCCGAGGAGAAGAAACUUGACAUAUAUGACGGCCACAGUGGGUGGUUCAGAGAAUCGCAUGUCCGAAAGGAACACUUCCGCGAGUCAUCGUCGAAUCGAGGUGGUCCAUCCCCCGAUCCUCAGAUGCUGCCACUCUAUGGCUACUGGAUGCUGUGCCAAAUCUCCAAGUGCUUAUCUUGA